GCACGUUAUGUUAAAUGGUAUAGUUAAUAGUCGGUGUUCAAAUAUCAUAUCAGUACACUUACUGCCGGUUAAUUUAGUAUUUUCCUUAAUUACUCUUUGAAAUUUUUUUUCAAUCUAUCGAUAAGUGCGAAUAUACGUGUUACGGAGUUUGGCAGCACCGUCGUCGAUCUGAUGGCACUCAGUCAAAAAUAAAAAAAUUUAUCGUAGUUGGUGCUGAAUCUGUAUGUACGUAGAUGUAAUUGUACGUAACUUGGUGUUUAGUUCGAAUCACGUGCUCGUAUAAAUAUGCAAAUAUUCGCGUUAAUUGCGUUAUUAAUUUCGCUUUUGAACUUGUGCGGCGGUGCUAGAAUAUUGGGUGUUUUUCCGCAUCAUGGCUUGAGUCAUUUCAUGAUGUUUGAGCCACUCAUGCUGGAGUUGGCUCGUAAAGGACAUCAGGUCGUUGUUAUCAGCAAGUAUCCUCAUAAAGAAAAUGUGCCCAAUUACGAGCACGUAGAUGUGAACAACGAUGCGCCUCAAUACACUAGUAAUAUUCCGUUUACCAUUUUCAAGCGAUUGCCUGUCAGUUUAAGAGAAGAUUUGGAGGCUUUGUAUAUGUAUCUUCUAGAAACGGAAAACAUCCUAAACACGAAAAAUUUCCGCAACUUUAUGAACUCGAAUCGAAAAUUCGAUCUCAUGGUGACCGAAGCAUUCAACUCGCGGCUCUUCUACGCUCUCUCGUAUAAAUUCAAAGUACCUAUGAUCACCUUAAGCUCGAGCGUAAUGAUGCCUUGGGCAUCCUACGACAUCGCCAACCCUAUUACUCCUUCGUAUAUUCCGUGUAUCUUUUCGUACCAAGCGGAUAAGAUGAAUUUCUUUCAAAAGCUCGAAAACGUGUACAAUGUGGUCGUCAGUGUAGUCGCAUACGAAACGUUUUUCUAUCGUAAAGACGAAGAGCUAAAGAAGAAAUAUUUUGGCGAGGAUGUACCGUCUUUGAGAGAUAUCGCUAAUAAUGUCAGCUUAAUGGUGGUUAAUUCGCAUUUCACGCUUAAUCGACCUCGGCCAUUGAUACCGAAAGUGAUCGAAGUUGGAGGAUUGUUCAUUACGCAGAGUAAACCGAUACCUCAGAAUAUUGAGAAAUUCAUCAACGAAUCGAAACACGGAGUUGUAUACUUCUGCAUGGGAUCUUUACUCAGAGGUGAAACAUUCCCACCUGAAAAACGCGAGGCUUUCUUGUACGCUUUCUCAAAAAUCCCUCAACGUGUGCUAUGGAAAUGGGAAGGUGACGUUUUGCCAGGAAAAUCCGAUAACAUUAUGAUCUCCAAAUGGAUGCCACAAAGAGAUAUUUUAGCUCAUCCUAAUGUAAAACUUUUCAUAUCUCACGGAGGAUUAUUGGGUACGAGCGAAGCAGUAUACGAAGGUGUACCAGUCUUGGGAAUCCCUAUUUUCGGUGACCAAAGAACCAAUAUCAAAUCUCUAGAAGCGAACGGAGCCGGUGAACUCCUUGAUUAUAAUGAAAUAUCCAAAGAAGUAGUUUUAGAAAAGAUUCAAAGACUGUUGAACGACCCCAAGUACAAAGAAAAUGCAAAACUACUCUCGGACAGAUAUCGUGAUCGUCCGAUGUCUCCUUUAGACACUGCCGUUUACUGGACCGAAUACGUAAUUAGACAUAAAGGAGCACCUCAUCUAAGAACAGCUGCCGCAGAUAUGCCAUGGUACCAGUAUUUGCUCCUCGAUGUGAUAGCCUUCAUUGUAGCCGUUUUAGUCGCCGGAUUGUUGAUCAUUUAUUAUACCACCAAGUUUAUUUUAAGAGCAAUUUACGGAUUAAUUUGCGGUGGCGGCGCUAAGAAAGGUUCCUCGAAAUCGGACAAAAAAAAGCGUAAUUAAAGUCGUCGAAUUAGGUUUGUUAUCGUCACUAUGGUGUAAUGUAAUAUGUCACUGUGUUAUUUUUUUUCUCUAUGUGAAAAUGUUUGUAUGUUCGACGAACUUGUAUACUAUACGUAGUGUUUCUAAAAUGUUGAAAAGUUUCGAUGAGGUGUGAUUUAUGUAGUAAUAAUUAUUACUUUGUUGUAUAUUUUCUCUUCUUGUGAUUUAAAAAUAAAAGUUAUGUUAUUUUUACCUA